AUGGCUAUAGUUGAAUCAGUGGGGAAGAUUCCUUUGCAAGACCCACCUGAGGAGGAGUUUAGUGCCUCUGACUUGACUUGGACCAAGUUUGGCACUGCUGAGCACCAUGAUGUGGUUGCCCUCAUUCCCUAUGAUAGAGUUGAUGCUUUUAUAAUUGGUGAAUGCUCCAAUGUGGAGUGCCCCACUCGGUUUCAUAUCGAGAGAGGAAGGAAACGGACUAUUGGAAGCUUGAAGGAGUACAAGGAUGAUGAAUAUCUGGAGUACAGGCUGUACUGGUGCUCGUUUGGCCCAGAAAACUAUGGGGAAGGAGGAGGUAUAUUACCAAGUCGAAGGUAUCGACUUAACACUCGAAAUCGUGCUGCAAGACCUCAAUCGAUGCGAGGUUGUACCUGUCAUUUUGUUGUCAAACGUCUUUAUGCCCGUCCAUCUCUUGCACUUAUUAUAUACAAUGAGAGGCGUCAUAUUAACAAGUCUGGUUUUAUCUGCCAUGGACCACUUGAUAGAGAUGCCAUUGGUCCUGGUGCUAAAAGGAUUCCAUAUAUAUGCAAUGAAAUUCAGCAGCAAACUAUGUCCAUGAUAUAUUUGGGCAUUCCAGAAGAGAAUAUCUUGGAGAAACACAUAGAAGGAAUUCAGCGAUAUUGUGGUUCAGAUGCAAAAGUCAGUAGCCUUGCUUCUCAGUAUGUUCAUAAGUUAGGGAUGAUUAUCAAAAGGUCUACCCAUGAGCUGGACCUAGAUGAUCAAGCUAGCAUCCGCAUGUGGAUCGAACGCAACAGAAAGUCUGUAUUUUUUCACCAGGAUACUUCAGAGUCUGACCCUUUCAUCUUGGGGAUCCAAACAGAAUGGCAGCUGCAACAAAUGAUUCGCUUUGGUCAUCGAAGUGUUGUUGCAACAGACUCUAGUUUUGGCGUAAAGAGACUUAAAUAUCCCUUGUUCACACUACUUGUUUUUGAUUCAAGACAACAUGCACUUCCUGUUGCAUGGGUCAUUACACGUAGCUUUGCAAAACCUGAUGUGUCCAAGUGGCUGAAGGCUUUGAUUGAUCGAGCUCGUAGUGUUGAGCCUGGAUGGAAAGUUAGUGGAUUUUUAAUUGAUGAUGCUGCUGCCGAAAUUGAUCUCUUGAGAGAUAUAUUUUGUUGCCCUGUCCUAUUUUCACUAUGGCGUGUACGUAGAUCAUGGCUUAGGAAUAUUGUUAAGAAAUGCUGUAAUGUUGAGGUUCAGCGGGAGGUUUUUAAGCGCCUUGGUACAAUAGUGUACAGUAUUUGGGGAGGUACUAAUACAUCGCAUGCCUUGGAACAAUUCAUGUUGGAUUUUGUUGACCAAACUGCUUUCAUGGAUUACUUCAAAACCUCCUGGUUGCCCAAGCUUGAAAUGUGGCUUUCAACAAUGAGAAAUUUUCAACUAGCCAGCCAGGAAUCUUCUGGAGCAUUGGAAGCCUAUCAUGUUAAACUGAAAGCCAAACUUUUUGAUGACUCACAUCUUGGAGCCCUGCAAAGAGUAGAUUGGUUAGUUCACAAGUUAACAACUGAGUUGCAUUCCAGCUACUGGCUUGACCGCUAUGCUGAUGAAAGUGAUUCUUUCCAGAAUGUGAAGGAAAAAUAUAUUCUUUCUACAUCAUGGCAUCGAGCACUUUUAAUUCCAGACUAUGCUGUUACCUUGGAUGAUAGAGAACACCUCUUUGCCAAGGUUGUGAGCCAGAGAGAUAGUAGCCUAACUCAUCUAGUGUGGAAUCCAGGAUCUGAAUUCGCAUUCUGUGAUUGUUCUUGGUCAAUGCAAGGUAACCUUUGCAAGCAUGUUGUCAAAGUAAACAUGAUUUGUGAAAAUCUUAAAGGUUAUCAACCAUCCAUGUCUUUUCGGUCUUUUGAAGAGGUUUUAAUGGAUUUAUGGAGAAAACCAGUGGAUGAUUCGUUUGCAUUGGAUCUGUCAUUGGCGUGCACCCAUCAGAUGCUAGAUCAAAUCCAAAAACUUGUUGAACUGAAUAACUCUACUGAUAUUGGCACUGUAGUUAACAAUAUGCCUCUGAAAUGGGUUUCUAAGAAAGGCAGAACCUACAUUGGCAAACCAUCAUCAAGUUUGGCUCUUCCUCAUGGUAGCAGUAGCACAAAAAGUGUAGUUGUGCAUAAGAAGAAUCGGAAACGAAAAAGACUGUCACGAUUAAGAUGA